AUGACUACUUCAACAUCUACUCAACAACCAACUGUUGCUCAAAAAAUUUUAUUUAAGGAACUUUGUAAUGUAUUUCAAGAAAUUAAAUCAACAUAUAGAGCAACCAAGCAUUUUGUUUUUAAUAAAUUUUUGAGACGUUGGAGGGAUGAAAUGGUUAAAGAAAAUGUUGAAGAUGGGUUUAUCGAAUAUAGAACUGAUGAUACUUUUUAUCCCGCUUUGCGGUUAUUUGUGCCUAGUAAAGAUGUGAAAAUUAGGGAAUUUAGAAUUAAAGAGGCAAAACUCAACCAAUUAGUUUGUAACUCAAUUGCGGCAAUGCCACUAAAUCCUGUACCUACAAAUUAUGAUUUGUUGGUUGAACGGCUUGUAAAUAUGUCUGCAGAUCGUUUCCCUGUUAAUACGGCAAAAUUGACAAUUUGGGAAGUCAAUGAAUUUUUGGACAGAAUUAAAUACCCGAAUAGUGUUGAUAUUCAAGAAGAAGCGAUGGAUAAACUUUGUCGUCAAUGUACUCCAAACGAACUUCGAUUUAUUUUUCAUAUAAUUUUGGGUAAUAUAGAGAGAUAUAUCGAUAUGUCUGGACAUACUUUAAUGAGAACCUUUCAUGCUGAAGCAGAUAAUUUAUGGAAGGAAGGUGAUUCACUCCAAUUAAUUUGUGAAAAAUUUGCUGACCCAGAAACUGAGAAUUCAAUGAAUUUGACUGGACAUUUGUUAUGUAAACCGUUUAGACCAAUGCUUUUGAAGCGUCUAAAUUACAAUAAAUAUUGCUUGGCAAAGAUAAUUCGUUAUUGCCAACGUCCAUUCUAUUUGGAAACAAAAUAUGACGGAGAACAUUUAAUAGUCCACAAAUAUGAAAAAAUUAAUUAUAAAUAUUUUACAAGAAAUGGUGUUGAUUAUACAAAUAAAUUGGGGAGGCAUUAUGAAUUGCUAUUUUCUAAAAGAAUUCAUAAAUAUUUUAGAGAAGAAAUUGUUGAUUGUGUUUUGGAUUGUGAAUUGCUUAUUUGGGAUAAUAAUUUGAAUUGUUUUGGUAAGAAAAUAUUUUUUUUAAAUUUAUGUAGAUAUUUGCGGAUAAAACUGAAAAGCUUUGGAAGUGGAACGUAACAGUCACUGCUGGAUUUUAAUGGCAUAUUCCGCCUUAAAAUUAUUUAUUUAAUGGUUGUCUCUGACCCUUUGAGGUCGAAAAAUGCUGGGUUUUAGGAUUUGCGGACAAACAGAUUUAAGAUUUGCGGAUAAAACUGAAACAUAUUGAAUUUUGGAUGAAUGACCACUAGGCAUUUU